UUCCGUGCAAACUUUCUUUGAUACAGUAACGAUAGUACCAGCGGCAGCAUCUCGUCUCUCCUUGCUUGUUCGUUCGCCUUGGAAGAAUUCGUCUAUUUCAAAUAUUCGGAAAUUAGUAAUAUUCUAUUUAGGCUGUGUUUGACAGGGUAUCGGCUGGCAAGAACUUCGUGGAGGCGCUCAUAGAACCUCACUUUGGGCAUCUGUGCUGCAAUUAAGCUCAUAGUGCAGCGUCACGUCCCAUCUACCACUUCUCGGAUCUCUAGCGCGGGCUUGUCUGCAAGCCAGUUGCACUGUACGAACAAAGCUUUGUGGAGCACCGAUAUCACCUGUUUCCGCAAGGGUUGAAGACUGAUGGCGAAUCCUCAGCAACGACGCAAGGCAAGGUCGUCGUCGCACAAGCCGGUGAAGCAAUCAAGACGGGUGAAUAAACUUUUGAAGAAGCAACCACCGAUUAAAGGUCCUAAAGUUCUACAGGAUGCUUGGGACAAGCACAAGACUGUUCGACAAAAUUAUGCUGCUCUCGGGUUGGCGCACUCGCUAACUCCGACCGACUCAGGUGGACAUGUCAUCACGCAUCCACACAGUGCACAGGUCUCUCAAAACGCCGAGGCUAGUUCGAAAGAGGGCAAGCCGCCUUCCGCUGAAGAGGCAAGGCGCUCGGAGGGCAAUGUAGCCAGAGACCAGACGAGAGAUGGGAAACUCCCGCGUGGGUUUGGCAGAAUAAUUCGUGACGAGAGAGGUUCUGUCAUGGAUGUGGUGCUUGGUGAAGAAGAAAUGUCCGGCGGAGAAGAGGCGGCAGAGGGCAAGGGAUUGGAGGAUUUUGAAAUUGAGAGCCCAAGCAGACAGCCUGAGAGACUGGGAGUCCCACCCGGCUCAGGGUGGCUUCUGGAGAACAAUGACAAAGAAGAUGAAGAAGACGAACGCGCGAAGGACGUGCUUCGAGCUCUUGAAGUCGCGUCAAUGGGACGGCCAAAGAAGCAAAGGACGUCAUCGAACGCAGAAAUAAAGUAUCUAUCCCGACUGGUACAGACGUACGGCACGAACUACGAGGGGAUGGCAAGGGACAGGAGGACGAAUGUGAAUCAGUAUUCUGCGGGCCAGUUGAGGCGGGCAAUUGAGAGGGCAAAACUGGAGCGGGACGCCGUGCACGCAAGAGAGAGUGAGGAUGGAAUAUGUUGAAUAUGGUUAGGUCGCCAACGGCGGAUCGAUCUCGAGGCGGGGAAGGGAGUUGAGAAGAUCGGAGGGAGAUCUGCGGCAAGCACUGAAAACGAAGGAAAGAUGGAAAAAAAGAGGGAUAGGCAAGAGAGAGGGAAAAGGCUAUGAAAAUCCACACAGGAUCGGGCGCCUGCGAGAACCGUUCGGUCACGUUCGAUUACGUACGUGACGGACAAGGUUUGGAUGUACUUUACUAGUAUCUCUCGAGACUCUCGGAAUGCAAGAUAGCGUUUCUCAGGGUGAGAACCCAGCUCUUGGCUCCGCCGAGGGAGGCGACUCGAUCGGGAACAGUAUGAUUUCUGUGUUUAGCGCAGGUGAAUGCGCUGCCUCGUGCUGGGAAGCAGAAGCGAGUGGGAGGCACAAUCACCAUCAGGCGGGGGACCAGUUUUUGUGCGGAUAUGAAUAUUUAUUAAUUCUCGCACCGUUCUGGGACCGGCCGAAUGGAUAGGGAAGAAGUCAUGGCACCGGUGUCUGUGCUGAUCUGUGAUCAUCGUCGACGCACCAAAUCCGCGCAAAGUGCACAAACACUUGACGUCCAGGCUUCCGCGUGGAAAAUCCAGAGAUCCCGCAUCCAUUCAUCCUUCCAAUACCUUUUUAAUUUGCCCUAUAAAUACUACUCCUUGAAACAUCCUUUGCCUCUGAACAUACCUCCCUACGCCCGACCCGCUCUCCCGUCCUCCUUUCCGUCUCUCCUCCUCGACAUCCUCGACUUUUUUUCACUCUGUCCACCUGACAGUCGAGGGACCCUUCUCCCGC